AUGGAUGAUGGUUGUGAAGGGGAGGAGGAGGAGGAGGAAGAGGGGAGGGAAGAGAAAGCAGAGGGCGGAGGAACAGAGGAGAACGACGCAGCAGCAACUGCCCUCCUCGCCAAGGCCGACGUGUCCCUGUCAGCCACUGCCACGUGUGACUCCUUCGCUGACCUGGCACUGGCGCCGUGGCUGGUCGCCACGUGUCAUGAGAUGGGUCUGCGCCAUCCCACCCCAGUGCAGUGCGCGUGCAUCCCCCCCGUCGUUGCGGGGAGCAACGUGAUUGGUGUGGCUCAGACCGGCAGUGGGAAAACGGCUGCUUUCGCCCUGCCUAUUCUGCAGAAAUUACCCAAGGCCCUGCUGAUGGGGCCUUGUGCUGAUCCUGUUGGUUUCCAUCAGGGAGCUUGCGCUGCUGCAGUUCAGAUCGCCCACCUAUUCAGAAACCCUUUUCUUACCCAACCUCACUCCCCCCCCGCCCCCCCUCUGCAUCCCUCCACCCGACCUGUCUUGACUCUUGCCUUGUCCGCUGCCAAGGACACCUAUGCUAUGGGGUGUUUGUUUCGGCCUAGUCCUGAUGCCCACUGGGAAUCUCUGUCUGCUCUGCAGAUCGCCGACCAGUUCUGGGACGCUCUCUCCUCUCCCCACCUGCGCCCGUCCGCCUGCCCUCCUCUCACCUGCGCAGAAGCUAGCCCAGACGUGUUCGCCCUGCUCCUCCUCAACCCUACCAGGGAGCUCGCCCUGCAGAUCGCUGACCAGUUCCGGGCUCUGCUACACUCUCCUGCGCCUGCCUUUUCCCCGUUUUCCAACUCACUGCUGCAGAGCCUAGCCGAGGACCCCCCUAUGGCGUCUUCGCCCUGGAAGCUUGCUUUGCAGAGCGCCCACCAGUUCAGCGACCCUCUUCCGUCCAUCUGCAUGCACUGCAACUGCACUGCACCCUUCCAAGCCCCCCUGCCUUGCUCGUUACAGAAGCAAGCAGAGGGCCCAUAUGGGGUGUUUGCCUUGGUGCGGACACCCACCAGGAAGCUCGCGCGGCAAAUCGCCCACCAGUUUUGCGACUCCUGUUUCCCCACCCCACCCACUUUUUCUUCUUUCUGCAUCCCUCCACCCGCCCCGGCUCCCCCCCUGCAGAAGCUAGCUGAGGACCCCUAUGGGAAGCUAGCGGAUGACCCGUAUGGCGUGUUAGCUCUUGUCCUCACGCCCACCAGGGAGCUUGCUCUGCAGAUCGCCGACCGGUUCCAGGCUCUACUGCCCCACAUGCAUUUCCUCUUCUUUGCUUACCUGCACCUGUCUUCUCUUCCCCCUCUUUCCACCUCCCUGCAGAAGCUAGCAGAGGACCCGUAUGGAGUCUUCGCCCUGGUGCUCACCCCCACCAGGGAGCUUGCCCUGCAAAUCGCCGACCAGUUCCGCGCUCUGGGAUCGUCGCUCUCGCUGCGUUGUGCCAUUGCCAUUGGCGGGGGUGACAUGGUGGAGCAGGUGAGUGAGAAGGAGAGCUUGGGGUGGCAUGGUGGAGCAGAUGAGAAGAGAGACCCGGGCUCUAGCCUGUGGGGUCGUCCCUCUCUCUGCCUGCACUGCGCUGAUGCCAUUGGCGAGGGUGACAUGGUGGAGGAGGUGAGAGAGAAGGGAGGCUCUGAACCUGGUGUCGUGUCAGCAGCUGAGAUGAGAUGCACAGGUGAAGUAAACACCAUGGAGGAGGGACGGGCAACAGGCAUGGGGGGACGGGCAUGGGGGGACGGGCAUGGGGGGACGGGCAUGGGGGGACGGGCAUGGGGGUCUUGCAUGGGGGGACGGGCAUGGGGGGACGGGCAUGGGGGGACGGGCACGGGGGGACGGGCAUGGGGGGACGGGCAUGGGGGGACGGGCAUGGGGGGACGGGCAUGGGGGGAUGGGCAUGGGGGGACUUGCAUGGGGGGACGGGCAUGGGGGGACGGGCAUGGGGGGACGGGCAUGGGGGGAUGGGCAUGGGGGGACUUGCAUGGGGGGACGGGCAUGGGGGGACGGGCAUGGGGGGACGGGCAUGGGGGUCUUGCAUGGGGGGACGGGCAUGGGGGGACGGGCAUGGGGGGACGGGCACGGGGGGACGGGCAUGGGGGGACGGGCAUGGGGGGACGGGCAUGGGGGACGGGCAUGGGGGGACGGGCAUGGGGGGACGGGCAUGGGGGGAUGGGCAUGGGGGGACUUGCAUGGGGGGACGGGCAUGGGGGGACGGGCAUGGGGGGACGGGCAUGGGGGUUUGGCAAAGGGGAUGCAGCAAGUCGACAUACGACGGGUCAGUCAGACGUGGUGGUAGUAGUGGACGUAGUGCCUGCAUGA